AGGACGUCGUCGCGGACGGUUGGCUUUUUCGUCGUCGUUGUCGUACGGAUUACUCGCGGAGUGGAUUUCGGUCGGUCUCGGUCGGAUAAUCUGGAUGCGAGUGUGUUCCGGAGAGGAAGCUGUGAGGGAUUUCGCCCUCAGAGUGUGAGAAGUGAGCGGAGUCAUUGAUGACGGGCUGAACCAGCAGCAUCAUUGAUAACGUCAUCCUAGUCUCGCUGAAUUAGGAGAAUCGAGCUGCUGGUGUCGUGGUCCUGUGGCAGAUCGUGAGAGGACUUGGCCGCAGUGUGUCAGCGCGCUGGGUAGUGAACAUGGAGAGGAAAAACAUAAAUAAUUAAUAGCGAUUCUGAUGGAAGUUUCGGGCGAAUCGUCGAGAGGUUGAAUAUUUUAUUCAAUUCACGCCAUUUCGGGUUGGUGAGUGUGGUUGACCGCGCGCGCGAGUGCUCAAUUUCGGUGUGUGUGAUGGCGGUGGUGCCAUUCGAAGGACCAUUCGGAGGUGGCCACGGCCACAAACCAGGAUUACCGGAGCAGAGCCGUGUCCAAAGUUCCUAAAGUUCGUCCAGAGAAAAAAGCCCCAGCCCCAGUGAGUGUAGUGUAGUGUUUGGUGCCCUUCGAAUUGGCAUGGGAAAGCGAAAAGCAUUGGGCUGGAAAAUUUUAAAAGGCCCUGUGCCACCACUAACCUAGAUCCUUGGCCAGGACGACGGCGACGACGACGAGGACGAGGACACACACGACGUGGAACAAGGUGAUAAAAUUCGCAAGAGCCCAGAGUGUGAGCGAGAGUGAAGCAGAGCAGAGGAGCAAAGAAGAGCCUUGUUCGGAAAAAUCGAAACACGGUGACAGUGAAAUGUGGCAAGGCAGGUAAAUAACAAUAGCCGCCGAGAGCCCCCCCCCCUCGUGAGGUGUGUGUGUGUGUGCAAAGAAAAGUGUCAGAGAAUUGCAAGCCGAAAGAGGAGAGCUGAGGAAAAAUCAAUUUCCAGCUGCACGGGCUCGACUCGUCGAGCAGGGGUGCCAAAGGAGGUGGGAGCCGCUCCCCGCGCGUCCCCUCUCCAAACGUUUGCUCUCAUCCAGCAUCCAGAAACCGCGUCGUCAUCAUCGUCAUCGAACUCCCUUAUCCGCUGCUCUGAUAAACUCAACCUCACCAAUACAGAGACGCUGUCGGCGGGGGGAAAAACGUGUCCUAGAUGAAGAGGACCAAAAAAGUGGAGAAAAAAAAAUAAUGCACGAACCUGAGAUAUUACUGAUGCUGCCGACGACGACGAGGAGCAGCUCUCAGCUGUUUGAUCCCGAGCCGUAGUCCUCUGUAGUGCGGCGGACUCCGAUGACUCCGGGACGGUAUUCGGUGGUCGGUUUUUCUGAAGAGUUGCUCGUCGUCGGGUGGUGGUGCAGCAGCGCGGUGUUUGCCCUUUGAAGAAGAACGGCGGGACGAAGAAGAUGCACUUUAUGUGGGACACGGCGCGGAAUCUGCUUUAGGAGGAUUCGUGGAAAAUGCUACACCGGACUAAGGGAUACGGUUGCCCGAUUGUGAUGUGGUUUCGCUAGGGGAAAAGUGGAUUAUCGAAUCACUGCGGAGCAAAACAUCCAUCGAUCGCGACAAAGUGACGUCGAUUCGGGGCCCCUUUCUAUUUUGUUUUCUGUGUUAGUGGAUGAAUCCAAAAGUGGAACAAGCAGAGUUUACUCAGUGGAAUCCGUAGUUGUGGGAUAGGAGCACCAUCCAAAGCGUACCAAGAAGAAUCCUUAGAAAAGGAUACAGAAGUGAGCUGGACCACGAAUUCGAAUGGAUUUUUUUUGCUGUUGUUGCGUUCGUCGUCCUUAAGAAGAACAGACAAAAGGUCGUGUGAUUGUGAGUGUGUGAGUAUGUGUGUAACUCAAACAAGGAUUACGAUUCGUGAUUGUACCAAAAGGAUUCCAUGUAACGACAUGUAACCAUCACCGGAUCCGACCCGAAGCGGGGAAGAUUUUUUUAAGCUGCCAAACGAAACAGUGGUGACGAAUGUGAACUUGUGAACGUGUGUGAACGUGUCUGUCUGUGUUUGCUCAGAGGAUAAUGCGAAAUGGUAAUCAGCUAAUUUGAUUAACAAACGGGACAGUACGGACAAUUCCCAGGAUAUACGUAUAGCUGCACAGUGUGGAGUUACUCGGAAGUGCACCUGGCCUGCGUGCAGCGGCGAUGAACUGGUCUCAGAUUUGAUUAAGCAGGGAUUUUUUGCACCCCCCGUGUGCAUGCUGAAUGGUGUCACUAAUUGGAAAAUGAAACAACAAUCGAACCGGAUCAGGUGAAGAGGAUCAUCUGGCCAGCGGCAUCAUCAAUUUGUGUUCCCAGCUGAGUGAUUGCGCCUGAACGGUAGGCAACACAAAACUUUCCAAUUUCCAGACUAGUGUGGGAGGAAAAUUCUGUGUCGAGCUCGUGUAUGUGUUCAGUGAAGGAAAAGAGACACAGUCACGCUACGACGACGACGGUGGUGCUGGUGGCGACGCCGGGUUCAGGGGUCAGGUUCAACGGAACCGGGGCCACUCCGACCAAGGCCUGCGAUACUCCGAACAGAGUGAACCGAUAGGAGGAUAAUCGUUUAAGUGGAUUUAUUAUGAUUUAAAUAGAGGAUUAUCGGAGGCAGAGAGCAGAGGCGAAACGACGAUAUAUAUAAAAGAUGAACAUCAAAGCAAUACACUGGUCGCUGGUGGCGGCGCUGGCGCUCAAACUGGCCGGAAUUGUGGUGGUCCACGCGUGCAAAAUCUCGGAACAUCCGUGCAAGGGCGGUGCGUUCUGCGUUCCGCUGGACAAGUACUGCGACGGAAAGGACGACUGCGGCGAUGGCAGUGACGAGCCGAAGAUGUGCACCGUGUGCAACCGAACGUACUACGGCGAUAUCGGACGGACGUACUCAUUAACGGUUCCGCCACCCCAGUGGAACCGGUUGCCGUUCCUGUGCCACCUGACGUUCACGGCGUCCGGAAACGAGCAGGGCGAUAUCGUGCAGAUCAUCUUCGACCGGUUCACGGUGGGCCGCUUCGACGAGGGCCUCAUCGAUCCGGACCUGGACUCGAGCGAUGCCAGCCUGACCAGCGGUGGCGAUCUUCCCGGCUGUCCGGAGGGAUUCAUGCAGCUCAGCGAACUGGGUCGUCCGUUCACCGGUGGGUCCUGGUGCGGCAAGGCGUCCGGCCAUCAGCUCUACUACAGCGAAACGGCCACGGUGACAGCAUCUGUCAAGGUAUUCCAUGCACCGAUGCAGGCUGGGACGCCGUUCGAGUUCCGGAUCCGGUACAAAUUCAUAAGUCAAUCAGACGCCAUUGUCAGGUAUGGAGCGCCGAACGAGUUGCUCGAGCUGGGACGGGUGACGCCGGGGACGUACUGCACCCGGCAGUACGACGAGUGCUACCGGAAGAAGUGUCGCCUGCAGAGUCCCAACUAUCCGGGGAUGUACCCGCGCAACGUGACCUGCUACUGGACCAUCCGGCAGAAGGUGGUGCCCACGUGCAAGCACGCCAUGGUCGCCAUCAGCCAGGAGAACGAGCACAAGGCGCUGGUGAAGAGGUCAAUUGCCAGCAUGAACAAAACGUCCCGGGCGGUCCGGGCGUGGUCCGACUGCACCGGCGAGCGUGACCAUCUGAUCUUCUACGACGGCAGCAGCACCAACGAUCCGGUGCUGGCCAAGUACUGCGGCGGUGACUGGCUGCCGAGAGUUGUCUCGAGAGGUCCCGAGAUGCUGAUUGCGUUCCACUCGAGCCCAUUCUCGGCCCCUCUGCAGUCGGGUCAAUCCAACCGGGGCUUCGAGCUGGACGUGGACAUUCUGUUUGCGGACUCGGACUCGCACGACUUUGCCCAGGGCCACAAGUGCGAGUUUCACAUCAAUGCUUCGAGUCCAGAUGAGGUGCUGUACUCGCGCCGGGGUCGCAUGGGUCACCUGCUGAGCCCGCGGCACACACUCCCGCCGAACACCACGUGCACGUACUACUUCCACGGCAUCCCGUCCGACCUGGUGUGGAUCGCGUUCACCAACUACCACCUGCAGAUACUGCAGCAAACGGGCAGCGGCGACAACGGAACGAGUAUCAAGUCCGAGUCCGCUCAUCCGUGGAUAACGCGACUUCGGAUAUGGGACAGCGCGGGUACGUACGUCCCGAUCAAGACCACGUCGCCUUCAUCGAUCAUAACGACGGCCUCGUCCUCGUCGUCUUCAGCGUCCCAAUCUUCACAGUCGUCCAAUGCGGCGACCGGGGUAACGCAGCCGGUCUUUGCCGGAACCAGCACUACUGCGUUGUACCAGCAGCUGAUGAACCGCACCGUUGGGACAUACUACGGUACGAUCAAUCAGCACGGGAAGAACCUGAAGAUCAACGUGGACAACGUGUGGAAUCCGGUGGAUCAGUACAUCUACGGACCGACGGUCAACAGUAUCUUUAACCAACCACACCCGCAGCCCCAGCCCCAUCCGGUGUCCGGUGGCAUGGGCUCGGAGAAGGGGCUGGUGUUUGGAGGAUCGAUAGGACUGCAGGAAAAGAUGCCCAAGUACUCGUCCGGAGGCAGUGGGAAGGGCAAGGACGGAUCGCGCCACGGCAAGGACAACGAGGUGGUCAAAGAGUCGUCCGGGCGCCGGGAUAAAUCGUCGCGAAGUAACGAGCGCCGCCGGAUGGUGGCCGAGUUCUACGACAACGACGCACCCAAGCUGUGCGAUCACGUCUCGCUGGAGAGUAACAACCACCGGAUGCGGCCGUGCACACCACUGGAGAGCUACGUCAGCGCCGGGAGUGAUUUGAAAAUCGAGUUCCACACGAUGACGGGAACUUCGCUGUUUCCGUCCAGCUUCGGCAUCAAGUACGAGUUUGUCGAUACGGAACUCGGUGGUGAGCCGUACCUGGGACAGAAGGGUGAGGACGUUCCGCUGCUCUGUUCCAGGGUGUUCCGGAAGCGAAAGGGAGAGUUUCAAUCGCCGCGGAAUGUGUUCCUCCACGGGCGGGGAGGAGCGAGUAACAUAACCUGCUUGUACCGGUUUGAGGCAUCCGUUGGGGAGAGGGUACGCAUCGAUCUGUUCAACGUUUCUUUUGGAGAUUCUGCCACGUGUACGACCGAGUCCGAUGGUCAUACGGGACGGGCAAAGUGUACCCCGUCGGAAGCGGAUCCUGACGGUCGAAUUGGAGAGCUUCGACUGUUUGACGUUCCGUACAAGGACGUCAAGAUUCCGUUGGGUUGUUUCUGCGACAACACGACCAGCUCGUACAAUUCCCCUCUGACGUUCGUCUCGAACUCACGCACGAUGGAAUUGACGUUUACCGUGACACGGUUGAACAUCUCGGAGGACUUUGCCGAGGUGUACUUCCACGCGGCGUACGACUUUAUCAAGGUGCCGGAGUGCAAGAAGCGGUUGAAGCUGCGAGGAUCCGGCGGAGAAGAUGAGGUCAACUAUCCGUUGAAGUCACACGAGGCUAGUUGUGAUGGGCUACCGUGGUACAUCGAGGCUCAACAGCAGGAUCGCAGCUUGUUCGUGCGGACUUGGGGUGGGUUCCUGUCGUUGGAUCCUACCCAGGAUGAGUUUAGCAAGUGCAACACCCGAAAUCGACUGCUAGUUUACAGCGGCAAGCCGCUGAAGGUGGUUCGGGUGAUCUGUCCGUCGUCUUCGUCCAGCAGGUCUUCGGCGCUGCACAUCUUCUCCGAGGACUGGCUCAGCUCGCAGCCGUUCCUCAGCAUGGAUAGUCCCAGCAGACCGGUCAGCAUGGUGCUGGAGCCGAUCCACAAGGAGCCGGGCAGCAUCGCGUUCUCGUGGCUGGAGAUCCAGCGCACCAAGGCGUCGCUGAUCCAGCAGCUGGACCUGCAGACCAACUUCACUGCCAACGAUACGCUCGUCGAGUUCGGGCUGUACCCGCGGGAAACCGAGUGCGAGCACCGCUGCCCGGAGCUGGACGCCUGCAUCGGGAAGGUGCUGUGGUGUGACGGUCGUCCCAACUGCCCGUCCGGGUACGACGAAAGUGAACAGGAGUGCGGCAGCCGGCUGAUGGAGCUUCCCGGGGGGAUUUUCGCCGCGUUUGGCUGCCUGGCGGCCGCCCUGUCCGCUUGCCUGAUCUUCUGCGUGCUCGCGAUGGUCAAGAAGCGCCGAAAGUCCAACGAGAAGCUCAAGACGGCGCCGGCCUCGCUCAACGGAACCCUCUCCAAGAAGGACUACAAGAAGGAGCCCCUCUUUUUCGACCCGGACUCUUGACACGGGCUUCAACCGGUCGAGUACAUCCACGUCGACCGGGAGACGACCGUGUGACAUGUUGUCUACGUCGACAUGGACGACCUAGCGUACUGCUAAACAGCCAAACAAGCCGGGACGCGACACACAGGUGAGUCAGCUCACCCUCGAUAGAGUCACUUGGUCCAAGUGAUUAGCAUUAAAUCUAUAUAUGAUAUAUUUCAAAAGGGACGUUAGAAACGUGACGGCGGCCACAAGGACAAACUGCCCAACUUACCGCAAAAUGUUGCGCAAUUUCAAACAGAAAGUCACUAGUCAAAACCAAAACAUGUUUAAAGUAAAAAAAAAAAUCUGAAACCUUUCAAAAUACCAAGUGGAACUUGACGAAAACACAAAAGUAUUAUAUAGAGAUCUUUUUAAGCAUUUGUAAGAUUUUUAUUCUACAAAAGUCUUGUGAUUCAAAACGUCUUAGUUUUCUAUUACGACUAUAUUUUUAAAAUCGGGCCCGAUCGGCUGCACAGAGAUUUACUGCACACUUACACACGUACACAAAUUACACUACGACACAAACAGAAAAAAAACUCUCUCUCUCUGAAACCGUCUAUCGGGGUAAAACCGUGUAGUUAAAUGUAGACUUGCUAUUUAAAAUGAACGAAAACGAACUCGAUUGCAUCCUAAAGCAAACACGUGGGUUAAAAGUGAGAAUGAGAAAACUAGCCAAAUAUUUUUUUAAAGGUAAAACUUAAACAAUGUGAACAAAAGCGUUACUUCUUACUGAGCAAACAAAAACAAGAAACGGAAAAUGAGAAACUAACUAAACUACCAACUAGAGCAGAGAACAAUUAAACAUAACAACAAACAAAGACAAACUUCUUCUAUAUCGUAAGCUGUUACCGAAACAAUUACACAAACUCUCACACACGGAGAAAAAAGUGUUCCCAAUAUUUUUGAAAAUCGUACCAUGGGAUUUGAACACUUUGUUCGUGGUUCCCACUUUCAUGAAUGCUUGUUCACGAUAUUGGGAACUCUUUUUGCUCCGUACACACAGAAUGAUCCCAAACACACACUGAUGGGUGGAUCGAGCUCUGGAAAGCGCACCCGUUUAGGAACAGAAAAGUCUUCGUUUUUCCGUUAGCCAAAAAUGUUACCCACUGAACUCUUGGUUCGUGUUACCUGUAGUAUCGAC